UAUGCGUGUGACGUCACGGUGCGUCGCGGCGGCGCUGUGUGAGGAAGGAGCCGAGGGAGUGCGCUCUCGGUGCGUCUCCAUUAAUCCCUAUCGGUGAUCGUUCCGCUGUCCCGUACCUGUGGUUGUUCGUGCCAGGGACCGGAUCCUCCGCACAGUCGCUAAGUCUCUCCGCCUCCGGAAGAGGCCUCGAAGGUCGCCUGGCCCUACAUGCGAUGGGAGCUUUAGCAUGUCAUCCGAGACUGGGCUUGGUAAACGUCUAAGGGCCACAUCUGGAAUGGGCGACGGAGUGGAAGGGGCUCCAAUGUCUGGGGCCCCACAGCCUGCCCCCCCUCAACCACAGCCUCAGCUGCCAUCAAUGAAUAACCCUCCUCCUCCUGAUAUAGCAAGGCCAACUCCAUCCAAGCGUCAGACCAACCAGUUACAGUACUUGCUCAAAACUGUGCUUAAACAGCUAUGGAAGCACCAGUUCGCUUGGCCAUUUCAACAGCCUGUAGAUACAGUCAAGCUCAAUUUACCAGACUAUUAUAAAAUUAUCAAAGUUCCAAUGGACAUGGGUACCAUCAAGAAGCGCCUGGAAAACUAUUAUUACUCUAGUGCGCAUGAAUGUAUCCAGGAUUUCAACACAAUGUUUACAAAUUGCUACAUUUAUAAUAAGCCUGGGGAUGACAUCGUUCUGAUGGCUGAGGCUCUGGAGAAGCUUUUCCUGCAGAAGAUGUCAGAAAUGCCUCAGGAAGAAACAGAAUUACCGAUUGUUCAAAGCAAAGGACGUGGCCGAGGGAGGCGGGAACCAGAUGCCUCAGUCACCCCCAUGAGGACACGGGUUCCAUCAAUAAGCUUACCUGAGAAGGCUGUCCCAAAGCCGCCUGUGACACCUGUUUCCAAACCUGCGACCCCAACCCCUCCUCCCGUGACCAAGGCACCUACCCCAGCACCUACCCCUCCACAAACCCGCACCCCACCUGCCCGUACCCCUGCUAUUACUCCAGCUCCAAUUACAUACCCACCUGCUGUCAUCAAGGAAAUGGUGGUGCCCACGACAAUACCCCCUGCUGUUCAGUCUGUUCAGAGCCUUGCACCUGUCAUCUCGACUACCACUCAGCCCGUAAAGGUGAGAAAAACGAAAGGGGUGAAGAGGAAAGCAGAUACCACGACCCCUACAGCCCAUGAUCCCCUCCAUGAAUCCUCUCCCCUACCCAGUGAAUCAAAGCCCGCUAAACCUUUACCAAAAAGGGAGAGUGGUCGCCAGUCUCGGCCAGCAAAGAAGACGGAGGUUCCAGACUCUCAACUUCCUGCACCUCCUGUUCUGCAUACCCCAAUCAUUGUCCAACCCGUUCAGGCAAACAGCAGCACCAAGGUUUCUGAGCAACUGCUCUACUGCACCGGCAUCGUCCGUGAAAUGUUUGCCAAGAAACACACCUCGUAUGCUUGGCCUUUUUAUAAACCUGUAGAUGUAGAAGCUCUUGGACUGCACGACUACUGCGAAAUUAUCAAGCAUCCAAUGGACCUGAGCACCAUUAAGAUGAAGUUGGAGAAUAAGGAGUAUCGAGAUGCCCAGGACUUUGCCUCUGAUGUGCGGCUCAUGUUUUCUAACUGUUACAAGUACAACCCUCCAGACCAUGAGGUGGUGGCUAUGGCCCGCAAGCUGCAGGAUGUGUUUGAAAUGCGAUUGGCCAAGAUGCCAGAUGAGCCAGAAGAAGCACCAGCUCCGGCGCCGGCACCGUCACCCACCCCUUGUCCUCCUGCCCCUUCUGUCAAAGUACCUCCUCACAGCUCGAGUGAUAGCAGCAGUGACAGCUCUUCUGACAGUGAGAGCAGUUCUGACAGUGAGGAAGAGAGAGCACAGAGAUUAGCAGAGCUUCAGGAGCAGUUAAAAGCUGUGCAUGAACAAUUAGCAGCCCUAUCUCAGCCUCAGCAAAACAAACCAAAGAAGAAGGAACGUGAAAAGCGGAAGGAAAAGCACAAAAGGAAAGAGGAGGUUGAGGAGUCUCGCAAGAACAGAUCUCGGGAACCUCCAGCUAAGAAACCCAAGAAAAGUGUUCAAGGACCAGUGGGAACCCCCAGCAUUAAAAAAGAAACUGCUCCCCCGGUGUCACGCCCAGCACGACCUGCACCUCCACCUGCACCUUGUGAGUCUUCAGAAGAAGAAUCGCUGAGAUGUCGACCGAUGUCUUAUGAGGAAAAGAGACAAUUAAGUCUGGACAUUAAUAAACUCCCAGGAGAAAAACUGGGCAGAGUAGUACACAUCAUCCAGUCCCGAGAGCCAUCGCUUAAGAACUCUAACCCAGAUGAGAUUGAAAUAGACUUUGAGACCCUUAAACCGUCCACACUGAGAGAGCUUGAAAGAUAUGUCACCUCUUGCCUAAGAAAAAAAAGGAAACCACAAGAGAAAAUAGAAGCGCCCAUGUCUAUUUCUGGUAAGGGGAAAGGUUUCUCCUCUUCCGAGUCUGAAAGUUCAAGUGAAUCCAGCACCUCGGACAGUGAGGAGUCAGACCCAGAAACAACACACAAACAGAAGAAAAAGAAUCACUCAGGGAAAGAGUCUAGAAAGCAUCACCAUCAACCCCAUCCUCCGCAACAGCCUCUUGCCCCACCACCUAAUGUCCUUAAGCCAUCUUCGCCAACCCCUCCACCCUCAUAUGCCCCUCCUCCCAGCUUGGACACUUCUCACCCAUCUCUUCAUCAUCCUCUUCAUCCUGCUAAUGUCUUUGAAGCUGUUAAUGCUCACUAUGGACAGGCAGGUCUGCACCUACCACCACCUGAUCUUCCAUCACACCUCACAGGUGGUCAGCCAGAGCGAUGUUCUCCACCCCAUCUAAACCAACAUGCCCUUGUUAGUCCUCCUCCAGCCCUGCAUAAUGCCAUGCCGCAGCAACCUUCUCGCCCUACAAAUCGUGCAGCUGCCCUCCCUCCCAAACCUGUACGACCACCAUCUAUCUCACCGCCGCCCCCAGUACAAACGCACCACCAACCACCACCUCAUUCUAUCCACCAUCAUUCACAGCCUCCCCAUGCCCUGUUAGAGGAUGAUGGCCCAUCUUCACCAGGUAGCAGUCUCCCUCCUUCUCCUGUUCAGCUUGGUCAUGCGCAGAUGGCCCUUUACCUGCAGCAAUUACAGAAAUCCCAACAGUCUGCUGUGCAAUCUCCUCUUCAGCAGCUCCUCCCUUCUGUUAAAGUGCAGAACCAAGCACCUUUGACUUCUACUUCCCAGUCUUUGCGGCACCUGCAGAACAUGCCUUACCCUUCUCCUUCCUCUGUUAGCACUGCUCCUCCCCCUGCUCCUACGUCAUCCCAUGUACAUCAGUUGCAGACACCACCUACAGCUUCCCAACAGCCAGCAGUGCAGGCUCCACCCCCUCCCCAGCAGCCGCCUCCAACCCUGCAAAGUACAAUGACCGCUCCCCAUCCACAGCUUGUCCAGCACCAGCAGUCUAAGCCAUUGCAAGUAAUCCAACACCACCAUCCCUCACCACGGCAACAGAAACCAGAGCCAUACUCUGUAGGUCACUUGCGGGAGGCCCCAUCUCCUCUCCUUCAUUCAUCUCAGGUUCCUCCAUUUGCAGGCCUUUCACAUCCUUCGUCACCGCAGGCCGGACUGUCUAAAAAGCAGGAAAUGAGAGGAUCAUCUGUGUUGCAGCCUCAGCCGCUGGUAGUGAAGGAAGAUAAACGGCAUUCUCCAUCUUUGCGUCCGGAAGGCUUUUCCCCUGGCAUGAGGAGUGAACCCCACAAACUUCCAGAACCGCUAAAAGCUUCUAGCCAUGUUCAGCCAAGGCCAGAAAUGAAACCCAUUGAUGGAAGUCGCCCAGUGAGACCCCCUGAAAGCAUCACUUCUCAAGGGGUACCUGAGAAAGAGAAGCAAAAGCAGGAACCCAAGACACCUGUUGCCCCCAAAAAGGACCUAAAGAUUAAAAACAUGGGCUCUUGGGCAAGCCUUGUACAGAAAACACCAAUCACCCCAACUGCUCCAGGGAAGUCAUCCAGUGAUAGCUUUGAGCUUUUCAGACGUGCGGCACGAGAGAAGGAGGAGCGAGAGAGGGCGCUAAAACUGCAGGCAGAACAUGCAGAAAGAAUGCGAAGGGAGCAGGAGAGAAUGAGGUCUCGAGAAGAUGAUGAUGCUCAGGAGCAGGCAAGGAAAGUGCAUGAUGAGGCUCGUAGGAGGCAGGAUCAGCAGCAACAGCAGCAGCAGCAGCCACAUGUGCAAAAUCCUCUUCCUACACCUCCGCCUCCUGCCCAGAGCUCACAGCCUAUCAUGGAUCAGAGGGAGAUGGAUAGGAAGCGAGAACAGGAGCGGAGACGGCGACAGGCGAUGACUCCCUCAAUAGACAUGAAUUUUCAGAGUGACCUGAUGGAGAUAUUUGAACAGAACUUGUUCUCUUGAGACUUCAAUCUUCUCACUGUCACCUCCACUACUUUACUUCCUGCAGCCCAACCCCAUGAAUUCUAUUCAUAAUAUUUUUUUUAUGUCAUUAUGAGGGGCAGAGGGACACCUACCCAAAAGACGCUGAAGUUAAUGCCCUUCGUGUAUUUUAUCUCCCCGCCCUCGUAUGUGGAUACACAAAGCCUCCGGAAGUUAUGAAUUUGGAAGAGAUGUACGGCCUAGUUCGGAUCAUUGUGCAGUAAAAACCUCCUUUUCCCAAACCCCCUUCUAAUUCAGAGCAAUUUGGAAGAUCAUGGACUCUGGGGAGGGUGGGGUGGGGAAGGUGACGGGAUGUGGCGAAUUCUCUUAGCCUCUCUUGUGGGAGACGUGGAUGGGGAAGUGCUCAGCAGUGUAUAAGGCUUCACGUACCAACCAGAAGCAAGCAUUCGGGUACAAUGCAAAGUGUGCAUGGUUGUGCUAGGGCGCAGAGGGCUGCAGAACAUUGCUCAUUGUGUGCGCAAAAAAAAACAGUUUCUACAGCACGUCGCCAUAACUGCAGCGUAAUAAUCAGUUGCAAACUACAUUAACCAUCUCUGCAAUUUAUACACCAUUUUCAGUUUAGUUGGUUUCUGAACAGUGAUGUCAAGCACUGUAUUCCAGUCACCUAAAGCAUGCAUAUUUCAUACUAUAUGGAAUGUAUAUAUAAGUGCAGAGCACUUUCUAAGACGCAAAGUAUGUAUAUUAUGAGUUUAAAUUGAAGUCAGGCCAACUGGCAGGAUAAAGUAAGCUUUAAGCCUUCAAGGGGAAACCGUUGCUAAUUUCUGAUGUCUGCUUUACAUAGUUCUUUUUUAAUAAUCCAGUGUUUGUUCUGAGCUCAUAAUGUUAAAGUAAUGGGUGACUUAGUAACGCUCUGCAAUUAUGUAUGCAUUUUAUAUGUGUGUCUUGUGUGUUCUGUGCCUGAUCUCAAAAAUCUAGUCCCCGUCAUCUAUUUUUGUACACACAUUUCUAUGUGCCUGCAAUGAUUGUACUUUUUUUUUUUUUUCUCUUUUUAACUUGUACAGUGUGUCUCGCACCCUUUUUUUUUUUGUUUUGUUUUGUGUGCGUGUCUGUGUGUGCCAUCGAACACCCAAAUUGCUCUUGAAUCUCAGGUAUUAAUUAUCCUUUUUUUCUUACAUAAACUUAGCAAAUGCUCAGCUUAAAUACACUAGACAGAUAACGUAGCGUAAGAUUUCUACAUACCCUUCACACAGAUCUAUUAUCUGCUCUUCGUAGCAUCAUGUAUUGUUUCACAUCUGUACACCCUGAUGGGCUGUGUACUUUAAACACGUAGUUGCAUGGAAGAAGAACAUUAUGUAUGUUGGAGUUAUGCACACUAUUGUUUGUAGUUUUAUAGUCUCCUGCUGGACUCAAACAUUUCUUUGCAUGGAUAUCUACAUCUGCUGCUACGUCAUUCUUCAGAGGUAUUUCUACUCCACAUCACCUUGCCCAGCAGGUCUGUGUGCAUUGUGUUCUCUAAAGGGCAGUUGUCUGUUCCUCCACUCUGCUGCGCCAAGGUUGGAGAAAGAGUCCCAUGCUUCAGCAGCACUAGGGGUAUGGUUAAACUUCACCUAUUAGUCAUUCUGCAUGUAAGCCCCUGUUCUUAACCAGGUAUAGAAUGGGGGAAAAAAAAAAAAAAACAGUGUUAGUGGCCUUCUGAAACUAUAGGCUUCCUCCUGACUUGGCAUUCAUUGCACAGUUGUCGUAGCAUGAUAUUUUAGAGUCGAUCACAUGGCUAUAUCAUAGUUUUGAAGGUGCUGCAGAUAAUCUAAGUGCAAUGAUUGACUCGCACACAAUACAGUACUCUGCAGGAUCCCUAUGCCCUCGGUGCGUACGCAGUGCAGCAAUGCUGAGCAGCUGUACCAGCCCUGUGUGUGUGUGUGUGUGUGUGUGUGUGUGUGUGCGCGCGCGCGCGCAUGUGUGUAUAAUGUGGAGGGUGGGGCCUUUAAUUGUUCUGAUCUUUGGGUUAAUGCCCUGUUAAUUUGAUACAAACCCCCUCCAACUCUCCUUCCUUACUCCUGUCUCUGUAAUUUUACUCUUUUUGUUUAUUUUUUGUUCUGUUUCUUUUUUUUCUUUUUUUUUUUUUUAUAUAUAUAUAAAUAUAUAUAAUUUGAACUGUUUAAAAAAAAAAAAAACAACAAAAAAAAAAAAAUCCUUUACGUGCCAUAAGCUCCUGUUUCCUUUUAUUCUUCCCACUUCCUACCUUGUCUCCCUUUUUUAGAUAGUGUCCCCCCCCCCACCCCACAUCCCUCCUGAGCAACAGGCACAGAAGUCUGUGUUGUAACUGAUUUCAUGCAAUAAAGUCUUUUUUUUUAUUAUA